UCCUGAUGGCUUUUUGGAAGAGGCCAUAUGCUGACCCUCACAAGUUUCACAAGAAAUGCAACACGUUAGUGUCCAGCUGAUGCGUUUUGUUUAUAACUUGUCAGAUACAGGGAUUUUCCCCAAUUCGAGCUCCAGGGCAAUCAAGACUGCGGAAUCCGUAACCGACACCAAGGGAAACAUAAAUAAAAAGCACAGGUGUGAGAGCAGCAAUCAGAUCCGCAUGCGCAACGUGACCAUCGGGCUCCGUGACGCCACCCUCCAGGCCUGCCUCUCCAGCAACAGCUUCUGCAGGCAGGAGACGACCUGUGAGCGAGCCUGGCCCUCCCCGCCCACCCCGGCCGCGCCGCCCCAGCCCUCGCCCACCCCGGCGCCCAAGAGACCCUCGGGGUCCAAGUACAACGUGAGCGUCACCAGCGGGACCUGCCUGCUGGCCAGCAUGGGGCUGCAGCUGAACGUCACCUGCAGGACGAGGGACAACACAACGGUGACCAGAGAGUUCAACCCCAACAAGACCACCUUUGGGGGGAGCUGCACAGCCCAGCUGGAGACCCCGGAGCUCCGCGGCAGGAACCUGCUCCCGGCGCUCCAGUUUGCGAUGAACGCAAUUGCAGCCGGGUUUUUCCUGCAAGGAGUCCAGCUGACGCUGACUCCGCCCGAUGCCGGAGACCCCGCCUUCAAGGCCGCCCGCGGCCCGCUGAGGGCGCUGCAGGCAGCCGCCGGGAGCUCGUACGAGGGCAACGCUGAGGAGCGCGUGCGGGUCCCCGAGACCUAUUCAGGGUGUGGGUCGGCGUUCCGCGUGGACGGGGACAAGUUUGGGCCUGUGGAGGGGGGUCAGCUGGGUGAGCACAGCAUGCUGAGCCCCAUCGCCGUGGGCGGCGCCCUGGCAGGGCUGGUCCUCAGCGUCCUCAUCGCCUACCUUAUUGGCCGGAAAAGGAGCCACGCCGGCUGCCAGACCCUCUAG